AUGAUGGUGGACGGUCCGCGACGCAAGAACGCCACUCGGGAGACCACGGCGACGCUGAAGGCGUGGCUGCAGGACCACGUGACCAACCCCUACCCCACGAAGAGUGAGAAGAUCAUGCUGGCGAUCAUCACGAAGAUGACCUUCAACCAGGUUUCGACCUGGUUCGCGAACGCACGACGGCGUCUUAAAAAGGAGAAUAAAAUGACCUGGUCACCGAAAACCGGCUCCUCAGAGACUCGCCCCAAAGUCCCAGAACUCGUGCCUCCUGAAACCGACUGCUCCGAGGACGAGAGCUCCAACGGACUCGCAGACGGCGACGACGACAGCAGCCUUGAAAGGAAGCGUCCACACGUAGACGAGGUGGACAGCGAAGAGCCAUAUCCCAAACGCCCCGUCCUCCUCAGCCCAUCACACAUCGACUGCUUCGAUCACCGAGCUAGCGUUCCUUCCCUUGCACCGCUUCACCCUCCGUCGUCAUCUGACUGGUCGAGUGAGAUGUCCAGCUGUGGAGACUCCGACUUGCGGCCACCACCACCACCACCGCCACCACCUCCGCCCGUGUAUAACGCCACAGCCUACCACUCCCAGCCGCACCUCGGGCUACCUCACUUCGGGUACCCUGUCUACAACCAGAACUAUAACCAAAACCAUCAACCAAUCCACCACGAGUACUGA